UUAUAUAACUCCCAAGGCAUAUUUAAUAGCUUCUGAAACACAGAAAUGGAGAAACAGAUAGCAAUUAUAGGAGCUGGUAUCAGUGGACUUCUUGCUUGUAAAUACACAUUAUCAAAGGGUUUCCAUCCCAUAGUUUUUGAAGCAAGAAGCGGCACAGGAGGAGUAUGGACUAAAACUGUGGAGAAUACAAAGCUCCAAACUCCUAAACCAUUGUAUCAGUUCUCAGAUUUUCCAUGGCCAGAUUCAGUCACAGAUGAUUUCCCAAACCAACAUCAAGUCUUAGAUUAUAUUCAGUCUUAUGCUCAGCAUUUUGACUUACUCAAGCACAUCAAGUUCAAUACUAAAGUUGUUGGAAUCCACUAUGAAGGCCCUUCCCAGGAAGAGAUGCAAUCAUGGAGUCUUUGGGGUGGCAAUGGCGAGCCCUUCAGCUCCAGAGGAAAAUGGAAAAUAGAAGUAAAAGACACUCAAAGCCUUGCAACUGAGGUAUAUCAAGUGGAUUUUGUGAUCCUCUGUCUUGGGAGGUUCAGCGAUGUUCCUAACAUUCCAGAAUUUCCUCCGAGAAAGGGCCCUGAGGCAUUUCAGGGUGAGGUGAUACAUGCAGUGGACUACUUCAACAUGGAUUUUCAAAGUGCUAGGAAGUUCUUACAAGGGAAGCGAGUUACUGUUGUGGGGUUCCAGAAAUCUGCACUGGAUAUUGCAAUGGAGUGCUGUGCAGCAAAUGGGGUUGAACGUCCAUGCAGAGUUUUAUACAAAACUGAACAUUGGACUGUCCCUGACUACCUUCCUUGGGGGGUGCCUCUAGCCUAUUUCUAUCUCAAUCGCUUCUCAGAACUCGUCGUUCAUAAGCCUGGUGAAGGUUUCCUACUCAGUCUUUUGGCAAAUAUUCUCACACCUUUGAGAUGGGCUUUUUCAAAAUUUAUGGAAAGCCAUUGCAAGAAUAAGCUUCCAUUGGCUAAAUUUGGAAUGGUGCCCAAACACAGUUUCCUCCAAGAAAUUAAUUCUUGUACAGUCUCAACGAUUCCAGACAAAUUUUAUGACAAAGUUGAAGAGGGAAGCAUCAUAUUGAAGAAAGCUCCAAGUUUCAGCUUCUGCAAAGAAGGCAUUAAUGUUGAUGGCGAGGACCAAACUCUAGAGACUGAUCUGGUCAUAUUGGCUACAGGUUUUAAAGGUGAUAAGAAGCUCAAAGACAUCUUUAUGUCUGCAAUGUUUCAAGAAUGCUUAGUUGGGUCCCCUACUACAGCAAUUCCUCUCUACAGGGAAUGCAUUCAUCCACAAAUUCCACAGCUGGCAGUGAUCGGAUUUUCAGAAAGUCUUUCCAACUUGUACACCUCAGAGAUAAGAAGCCGAUGGCUAGCAGAGCUUCUUGAUGGUACAUUCAAGACGCCUAGCAUAAAAGAGAUGGAAGAAGAUGUGGAAAAAUGGGAUCAAUAUAAGAAACGAUAUUCAGGGCCCUAUUACAAGAGAUCAUGCAUUGCUACUCUUCAUAUAUGGUACAAUGAUCAACUCUGCAAAGACAUGGGAUGGAACCCAAAGAGAAAGAGAGGAUUCUUUGCUGAACUGUUUGAGCCAUAUGGACCCAUGGAUUAUGUUUCGCCUUUCUGAAGUAGCCGUUGGUGGUUUUGAUGUGUUCUCAGUUUCUGUUUGGAAAACGAGUUGCCAUGUGAUUUCAGAUUCUGUUACUGUUUGGAGAGUUGCUAAGGCGAUUUCUGAUUCUGUGUUAAAAUCAUUAUCUAUGCUUGUAAUUUAUGAGCAUGAAAAUUGUCGCUCAAGGAGAUGGCGUCGGGUUAUUAUUAUGAACAAUAACAGAAAUAAUAUGCAGAAACAAGAUCAUGCCUA